CAGAACGCUCCACGUGAUUUCUAAAAUUCAAUACGGACUGCAGACGCAUCCCCAUCAAACUAUUUAGCUGUACACAGCAUUAAAAACCAUUAGUCCAUUAGUUCAGAGAGAGAAAAGGCCACCUUCACCAGAAGGAUCAACAUUGUGAACUUUCUCAAAAUUGAAACAUGACAGAUCGAACGAAUAACUUCCCUCCAUUGCCAAAGUUUCUUCGCAUAAAGCCUUGUUUUUACCAAAAUUUCGAUGAGGAAAUUCCUCAACCCCACCUCCAGCUUGUGCGUCGUGUCUACAAUCUUUGGAUGUUGUAUUCCAUGACAUUAUGUGUGAACGUGGUGGGCUGCAUAGCUUGGUGGGCCGGCGGUGGUAAUGCCACCAACUUUGGGUUUUCACUGCUCUGGCUGCUGAUUUUCAGUCCGUGCAGCUACACCUGCUGGUUCAGACCGCUUUAUAAAGCAUUCCGGGCUGAUAGUUCCUUCAACUUCAUGGCGUUCUUCUUUAUUUUCUUCCUACAAUGUGUGCUUGCCUUCAUCCAGUGUUUGGGAAUACCCGGUUGGGGUGUUUGUGGUUGGAUUGUCACAGUGAUUUUUUUUGGCACAGAUGUAGUCGCAGCUAUAUUUAUGCUCAUCUGCACUCUGCUCUUCACUGUAAAUGCACUUCUCAUGGCAUUCGUUCUCAUAAAGGUUCAUCGACUGUAUCGUGGCGGAGGUGGCAGUUUUCAGCGGGCACAGGAAGAAUGGACCACCGGUGCGUGGAAAAACCCAACUGUGAGAGAAGCUGGAUUCAAUGCCAUCUCUGAAACAGGCCCCAGCCUGCCCCAGUACCCAGCCGCUGUGCCCAAUUACCCAGAAAGCGGGCCCUGGUGAUACCACUACUGACCUACAGAUGGAGCCAAAGCAACACUGGUUGUCCUUAUAUUAAAGGGGCAGUUUGCAGAGCGACGUUGCCCAACAUUUGUGUGCCAAGAAAACACCUUAGCCAGAUCAUGGACUUGUGAAUAGUUGUUUUUUUUAAUAUAGCAAAAAGGUCUAAUGCUAAUUAUUCCUCAUACAACUCUUGCGCUUUGGUCUAGCAAGCCGAUUUAAAGUGUGAAUGAUGAUUGGAAAUGUCAAACCACUGAUCUGUGCGCAAAGGUCACAGAGAAAGUUAAACGACCAAGUCAAAUACGCAAACUGCUCCUUUAAAAAUGUGUCAACAUAUACUACUCUCAUACUGACAGAGAAAUGGUGGAACAGCAGAAUCUCCCAAUAUCAAACUGUUACAUUGAUCAUUCAUCUCAAAUCAGCUGAGCCUUGAUCUUUAUUUGAGAUUUUUUUAGGGUGUGUUCACAUUUGUUUUCCAGGUUUUGUUUUGUCUAAACCCUACUCUGUCCUGUAGGGCCGGUGUCCUGCAUAUUUUAGAUCCAACCCCAAUUAAACACACCAGCUUAUCAAGCACUUUCCAGGUAUACUAGAAACUUCCAGGCAGGUGUGUUAAAGGAAGUUGGAGCUAAACCAUGCAGGACACCGGCCCUCCAGGACCGAGUUUGGGCAACCGUGGUUUAAACCAAAAACAAUACUCUUACAUUUAUGACCAAUCCCAAUUCUACCUCUUAGCCUUUCCACUUCCCCCAUAACCCUAUAAACAUUGAAUUUUUAGGACCAUAAUACAAAUGAAGGGGAACGCAAAAUUUUUCAUGAAUACACCAGCAACAUGGCUGCAAAAGCAAGCAAGGAAACCUUCAAAUAUAAAUUAAUAAGGAUUUUUUUACUACAAAAGCAGCAUCUGAUUUCUUACAUUUCUUACAUUGUUAGUGUUACAUUCAUGAUCUCCAAAUAAAUGUAAAAAACUGCUAAUUUCCGCUAAUGAUAGUCCCUUAUAAUGCAAAAUAUUCCACAUAUUUUAAAUUCUAAUAACGUUACCUGAUGACUUGACAGAACAGGUCUGAAUAUGUUUUUUUACAGCUCGUCUGGUAUAAUGUUAAUGCUGUUUCUUGUGGUUACAUCAUGUAUAUGAGCACGGUGUAAAUACAAUUGAAUGCUUCUGAUGCCUGAUGAAACCUGGAGGCUUAUACACUUUCGACUUGAAAAUAAACAGCGUUCGUCUAAAUAUUCAGUCGGCAGUGGCACAGAUGUGAGGGAACAGAAUAUAUUCGGAUAUCAAGAUCAAUUAUCAAUAAAUAAUUUUUAACGUAUCGCCCAGCCCUACUCAACCUGCAAGGGUGUUUUUUAUUUUAUAAAAUAAUAAACACUAUAAAGCAGUUUUGGUUUUGGGCCAAGUGCAUCUAUAAUUUUCGGUUUCUGCCCAGAAUUGUCUAUUUGGUUCAUCCUUAAUAAUAACAAAGUCCCUUUAGGGCAAGUCAUUUCACUUGGCGGCCAUUUUUUAAAGGCCUCUCGGGCAGUAUGGUCGGGCUUUCUGUCUGAAUGGGGAAACAUCAAAUUCUCCAAAACUGUUUGCCAAGUUUACAAUUACGUGACAUAUUUGGAAACACCAAUAAAAGUAAACAAUAACGGUCUCAUAAGUUUCGUUUCUAAAUGUCCGAGUCAAACAAAAUAUGACAUUUUUUCAGGCUGUCUGAGCUAAUGCGCACUCGAAAGGAAUGAGAUCAUGACACCAACCUCAUUAAUGGCCAUUCUACACAUUAUCAUCCUCUGGAUAAUACUUCGUCAGAUCUCGCUUGUCUUCACAAGUAAUUCACAACAUGGUCUUGAUGGUGCAUCUCCUCCAGAAAUAACAGCGACUCUUUGUUAACAAGUUUGCGGGCGUAAUUUUUGUCAUGUGACGGACUGUACUGCGCGUUCUUUUUAUACAGAUUACUUGUUACGUGAAAAACUUGUGUUUUCAAGUGCAGUUGGUUUAUUUAAAAGUGCAGAUUUCAAGCUUUAUGUGGAAAUAUUUCUUAUGUCUGUGAAGUAAGUAUUCACUGAGAUUCCACUGCAUUUGUUGACCAGCAAACUGUCGUAAAAGCACACACCAGGUCUGAGCUUUUCCCUCAGAGAAACAUCAGUCUACAGCAGGGAUGGGCAAACUCAAUCCUGGAGGGCUGGUGUCCCUGCAUAGUUUUGCUCCAACCCUAAUCAAACACACCUGCUUAUAGCUUUUUAGUGAUCUUGAAGACACUAAUUAGGGUGUUCAGGUGUGUUUGAUUAGUGUUGGAGCAAAACUCUGCAGGGACACCGGCCCUCGAGGAUCAAGUUUGCCCAUGCCUGGUCUACAGCAAUCGAUGAUUGGCUCCUGUACUAGUAGGCAGGGCUUCAUUCGCCAUAUUGACCUUUACACUUUUACCCAUUCAAAACUAUAUAAGUGACAUGUCUUGUGUAUUCUUUACUUUUUAUUAAUAAGCAACAACAACGAGGAAAGAAAAAGCAGGUAUUCUUGAGCAUUCUGUCAUUUUUAUGGUCACAUCUAGUCCAUCAUGUCCUGUUUUUGGUUCUGUUUGGUGUCUUUGUUUAUAGCCAAGUUAAUGGCGGCGACUUAUUCAAAUGAACCACACUAACAAAGCCAAGUGUGAACACACCCAUACUGACAUUCCAUUAUCUUGUUUGCCAAUGAAAUCAAUAAUUGCACAUCCAAUCACUAAAUUCGGAGGAUCACGUAAAAAUUGAUGGGAAAUCUCACUGCAUCGUACACAAUCACAUUACCGUUUUAGGGAAAGUGAUUUCUAAGAGAGGAGAAAGCAUGUCCAAGUGUUCUUUUCUAAAUCAUGGCAGCUUUUUGAUUUACCUCCGGAAAUUUGGUCUUGAAUCACUUUUGCAAUUAUUUUCAAUUUAUUGUGCCGACUUUUACAAUUCACAAGCAUGUCUUUGUAAAUGCACAUGACACCCCCCCCCCUUUCUUUUAUACAAUGCAAAUGUUUUUUAUUUUAUAUCUAAGACUGGAAUGUUUCCUUGCAAUCACGUGUUGUGCCUGCUCUCGUUUCUGUUUUAAGCUUAUCACGUCUUCUCAAUGAAGAUCGCCUUAAUUCUUCAUGCAUAUUAUUAAGCAUGUUUGAACUACUAACUUUCCCUCAAGUGCUAUCACGCUACAUGCUCCUAAUUUUUUAAUAUUGGCUUCUAAUUAUGUAUUACUUUGCAUUUCAUUCAAAUAAUCGUUGUGCUUCGUAUUGGAGCAUUAAUGUUUACACUUGAGGUUGGCUGGAGGAAAGACACUCUGAUUCAAUAUGUGACUUGAAUUUUGAUUCUUAUUCUUCACAACAUCCCUCCACACAGCCACAGGAGGGUGAUUUUGCAGCAUUCUACUACUGGCCUCGGUUAGCCAGUGUAUUUAAUGAUCUUGCGUAUGAAAUGUGACUGGAAUGACUCUUUAACUGACUUCAGUUCAAUAAAAACAUUCUUUUUUCA